GAUUUACCUCUCUCUGUUGCAACACGAACCUGUUUUCCGACUUUUCAGAGUUUACAUCGAUAAUUACACAAUAGGUUUCUGGUUUAAAGGAAUUCUACUUGUGCUUUUACUUUUUCGUUGAAUAACUGAUGAUUUUCAGUUACAAGCUGUACACAAAAUAUCGUAUUAUCAGAAACGGUUUCUGUUCCCGUUCUUUCGCUCUUAGAGUUUGGAAAUUGUCUCCCCUUGAUGGAAACUAAAACCCAGACAACAGCCAAUAUAGUUGUUGCAAAGCAAGAGAGGAAAGUUUUCUCUGGCGGAGGACCAAAGAGAGUUCUGAAUCAGAUUCCAGAUGAAAUAUUAAAUGAUCCCAAACUAAAGCAAGCUGUAGGAAAGCUUCCAGAUAAUUAUAACUUUGAAAUCUACAAGACAAUAUGGAAAAUCAGGAUGAUAGAAGCAAAAAGAGUUGCCUUACAGUUUCCAGAAGGUUUGCUAGUAUUUGCUUGUGUUAUAGCAGAUAUCAUAGAAGAAUUUACAGAUGCAGAUACAUUGAUCAUGGGUGAUGUUACCUAUGGAGCAUGCUGUGUUGAUGACUACACUGCCAAAGCUCUUGGUUGUGAUCUGAUGGUACAUUACGGUCACAGUUGUUUAAUUCCUAUAGACAGAACAGAAGGUAUACAGAUGCUAUAUGUAUUUGUUGAUAUUGCUAUCGACAUGAUGCAUUUUAUGGACACACUGAAACAUAAUUUUAAACCAGGGGACCAUCUAGCACUUGUCAGCACUAUCCAGUUUGUUGCUGCCCUACAGUCUUCAGCUGGUGUUUUGAGAGAAGAUUUUACCAUUACUAUACCUCAGUCCAAACCUUUGUCACCAGGAGAAAUUCUAGGUUGUACAUCCCCUAAACUUUCACCAGAUACCACAGCCAUCAUUUACCUUGGCGAUGGAAGAUUCCACUUAGAAUCUAUAAUGAUUGGUAAUCCGGAAAUUCCAGCAUACAGAUAUGAUCCUUACAGUAAAGUUUUCUCACAUGAGUACUAUGAGAUUGACAAAAUGCACCAAAUAAGACAGCAGGCAAUACAGACAGCUUCUAAAGCUAAAAAGUUUGGUAUCAUUUUGGGGACACUUGGUAGACAAGGAUCUCCUAAAGUGUUUGAACAUUUACAACAGAAAAUAACAGAUUCUGGAAGAGAAUAUGUUUUAGUGAUGUUAUCUGAAAUUUUCCCAGACAAAUUGAAACUUUUUACUGAUGUAGAUGCGUGGGUUCAGGUAGCUUGUCCCAGACUCUCCAUUGACUGGGGAAUGGCUUUUGAGAAGCCACUGUUAAGUCCCUAUGAGCUUUCAGUGGCAUUGGAACAUGUUCAGUGGCAAUCAAGAUACCCUAUGGACUUUUAUGCAAAUGAUAGUUUAGGGCCUUGGACUGUUAAUAAUGAGGUCCAUAGACCACAGAGACAAAGAAAACCAAGAACUAUUAUCAAAAAGGAGCUGAAAGAAAAAACUGAAGGACAAACAUCUUGUUGCUCACAGAAUUCUGAAUGUUGCCAUAGUAACAACAAAGGAAAGUUAGAUAGCUCUACAACUUCAAAUUGUGAUAAAAAUGUUUCUGAAAAUAAAAGCUAACAAAUAUU